AUGGCUGGAGUUUUUUGGGGCGAAAUCGAAGAAUCGGUAGAAAAUAUCUGUGGUGUGGUGGAUCACAAUAAGCAUGCAUUCUUUGUGACAUGCACCGAAGAUGAUCCAAUUGACCGCGAAUACACCACACACCAAAUCUACGACGAUAAAGCUCCCGAUACAAUGAUGCACAUGCUGAUUGCAAGGCACGAUAACAUUAUUGAUCGCAGAAACACCGCAAUUCAUCGUACUGUGAAACUUUUAGAAAUGACCAAAGGCCGUUCCAUUCAUUUUCCAAAGAUUAUUUGUUAUGGCCGUUUAAAAAAGAUGAUAUUUGGCGAGAAUGGGGACCAGGAUGCAGAGCGUGACCCGGAAUGGAUUGGCCGACCAUGUGCUAUCGUUGAAUAUAAUGCAACACUGAUUGGCUCAUUAUUGGCGUUGUCACCUACUGGUACCGUCCCUCUGGACUUGGCACUGGUCAUUAUGAUGGGCUGCGUUCGUGCGCUCGCAUCGCUUCAUCGACUCGGAUAUGUGCAUCGUCAAGUCUCGCCUUACUGCUUUGCGUAUCGCAACCCGAUUUCAUAUGAUGGCCUUGAAUCGCGCAUUAUGAUCGUCGAUCUCAGCUUAGCACUGCCAUGGCCCUGCAAACCUCGUUCAUUCGUGCCAUUUGUUGGAACACUGCGGUACAGUUCGGUGCGAGCGCAUCGUGGUCGAGAACAGGGGCCAUCGGACGACAUCAUUUCACUGAUUUAUAUGAUUGCGGAACUGAUCUCUGGAAAGCUGCCCUGGCGAUCAGUGCUAAUGUACAUGACGCUAUCACCGUAUCCAGUUGAACACCGGCUUAUUAUCGAGCAGGUCCAGGCAGCGCUAAAACGUCGUUAUCCGGGUGACAAACGCGAGCUUCCACCAUGGCUUGCCUUACCGAUCGCCGAAGAAUAG